AGUAAAUCUUUCUUAAUGAAUAUAUCAUAUUUUAGUAAGAUAAUAUCUUACACUUUGAAGAAUUCUAUCGAUGUUUUAACCAAAAGAAUUAAGUUUCCUAACCAAAUUUUAAUUCGAGAAGUAAAAGAUAUGAUAGAAAUGACCUGUAUGCAACAAUUGAUAGAUCGACAAACACAGUUUGGCUAUACGCGCAAAUUAGAUCUAUCAGAAUGCAUCUUUGUGUUCAAGAGUUCACAAUCGGAUUACGAGGAACCAUCGGAUGAGGAGGUCGAUCUGAAGCCCCUGCGGGAGGCGACGAUCGCCGUCCCGACGCCCAAGAUCUCCGAGAAGCGGAAGGCGGAGGAAGCCGACGCAAGCAAGGACUUGAAAAAGGCGAAGCUAGAGACGAAAGCGUUGAAAGCGAAGAGGCCAGGAUUCACGGACGAGCGGUACAACGAGACGAGCUAUUACGUGGAGAAUGGUGAGAAUCUUUGCAUUUGUAAAAAUAGUUUAAUAGUGUUGUCGGCAAUUAAUCGGCGCUGA